UAGAGUUUAAACAGCGAGAGGAGAAGCAGCAGCAGCCCGCAGCAGAGGGAGAGGAGUCCCAAUCCCACGCCGCCUCCCACCACCACCACCGCGCGCGCGCGAGCUCGCUGACGGCGCGGAACCCUAGGCGCGGGAGGAGAUCUCUCGCGCGGGGCGCGGCGCGGCGCGGCGGCGACGCCCACUCGCCGGCGGCGGCGGGGGAGGGCGGCCCCCAUGCCUUUGGCGCCCCGAUCGGAGCCGAUCGGUGGCCGCGUCAGCCGUCGCAGCACCUCACCGUCCGCGGCGGCGGGCGCCGGAGAAGCGGAGGCGGCGCCCAAGGGAGCGGAGGAAGAGGAGGAGGAAGAGGAUGGCGCUGUUCCGCAAGUUCUUCCUCAAGAAGACGCCGGAUCGGCUGCUCGAGAUCUCCGAGCGGGUCUACGUGUUCGACUGUUGCUUCUCAGCGGAAGCCUUGGGCGAGGACGAGUACAGGGACUACUUGAGCGGCGUUGUGGCGCAGUUGCAGGACUACUUCCCCGAUGCGUCGUUCAUGGUCUCCAAUUUCUGGUCUGGGGACAAGAGGAGCCGGAUUUCAGAUAUACUGUCCGAGUAUGACAUGACGGUCAUGGACUACCCGCAGCAGUACGAAGGGUGCCCGCUCCUUCAGCUCGAGAUGAUCCACCAUUUCUUGAAGUCGUGCGAGAACUGGCUGUCAGUGGAAGGGCAGCAGAACAUGCUUCUAAUGCACUGCGAAAGAGGGGGGUGGCCAGUGCUUGCCUUCAUGUUGGCCGGACUGCUUCUGUACCGGAAAACAUACGCUGGCGAGCAGAAGACUCUAGAGAUGGUCUACAAGCAGGCGCGCAGGGACUUUAUCCAGCAGUUCCUUAAGUUGAAUCCUCAGCCUUCGCAUCUUAGAUAUUUGCACUAUGUAACAAGACACGGAAGUGGUUCGGAAUGGCCUCCGGUUAGCCGGACUCUCGUCUUGGAUUCACUAGUUCUCCACACCACGCCUAGAUUCGAUUCUGAUGGGGGCUGUAGGCCGUAUUUGCGUAUACAUGGGCAAGACUCAAGUCCUGGUAACAAGAGUGCAAAGGUUCUUUUUGAGGUGCCAAAGACCAAGAAACAUCUCCGGCGUUAUGGGCAGGCCGAAGUUCCGGUGAAGCUUAGUGCUUUUUGCCGUGUUCAGGGAGAUGUGGUUCUUGAAUGCAUCCACAUUAGCAGUAACUUUGAUCGUGAGGAAACAAUGUUCCGUGUCAUGUUCAAUACUGCAUUCGUUCAAUCAAAUGUCCUUGGGCUGAAUCGUGAUGAUAUCGAUGCUGCUUGGAAUGUGAAUAAUCAGUUCCCGAGGGACUUCCGAGCAGAGGUACUCUUUUCGGACCCGGAUUCCUUCAAGCCUUCUGCUGCAGUAGAAGAGGCAGGUGAUGAUGGAGAUGAGACUGAUGUUGCAUCAGUAGAUACAGGAGAUGAGUUUUAUGAAGCAGAGGAGGAUUGGCAUGAUGCUAGAAAGGAUCCAGAUACUCAAUCAACUGAAGGAAGAAUUUCAUUAGAAGUUGGCAACACAGAAUUGGAUGGUGACGCAAGUGAGAGAAACAGCACCGUAGAGAAUCAUCUGACUGAUGAGGAUGUGAAGAUUAUUAUCUCUGAGCAUUCAGGUGGCAUGAACAACAAAGGGCCAACUGCACCUGUUCCAAGUUUGGAAAAUCAUGGAGGUUUACAGAAGGCAUGCAAGGUUCUUGAGAAGUCUAAGUUAAGCAACGAAAGUGACCAAGAAGACCAUGCUGUGCAGGACAUACAGGUUGUUGCUGCUUCUAUAGGUUCAGAAGGGCGCAAGUUUGGAUCUAACUGUCAGGAGGAUACAAAAGGUGUAAUUGCACAAACCUUAGUUACUGCAACUGAUCCAAGUUGCAGUGAUGAAGUUCAGUGUCACCCAGGUGAAUCCACAAAACUAUCAAGAUACAGUGAUUUGGACUAUAAUGCUUUCAGUCCUCCUAGAACAUUAUCUAGCAUGGAUGAGGAUACCCACUUGAGGACAUUGCCAAAUGAAAGGCACCAGAAUGGUGACAUCAAGAUUAUUACUGAAAACACAGUAACUGUGGACAGUGAGCUACUGAUCUAUGAAGAGAAAACAGUAGUUGAUAAUGGAAAUGUAACGCAGGAGGUAAAGAAUGUUGUCAAGGAAGAGAGUGCUAUUGUUUCAAAGAUAGAAAGAACUGCUAUUGAGAAUAUGGACUCACGAGAUAACAACAAUUACAAGGUAGAAAAGGUUAAGGUUGCUGAUACAGCUGAUAGAAGAUUGGAUCAAAGUAAAUUGAAAUCUGAUCUUGGAGAUACCAUACCUGCAAAGAUCAGUCUGCAGGAUAGUAUUGUUGUGUUACCAGCUAAUGAAAUAGCAACGCAAAUGAAAGCCAAGCGAGAAGAGGGUGGUGGCAGAUGGGAUUUGGGCAUAGCUCUUCCUCAAAGUAAAAUAGAAGCUAGAGAUAAUAAUAAUAGCCCAAAGAUAAGUGAUGUCCAAAGGCAAGCACCAGAUAAAUCAUUUUCCUCGGUAUCAAAGAAGGUACCAGUAGGUAAUGCACCUGAGCCAGUGUUAUUGGAAGCAAUGGUUGGGAAUAAUGGUCAACUGGAAGAGCAAUCAAAGCCAUCCAAACCAAAAACAAUACGUAGAUGGGUCUCACCCAAGAAGGAAUCUGAAACUGCCUCUGUGCAUAGGCCAUCUCACCCUCCAUCCAGAUAUGACAGUUCUCCAGCUGCACUAGCUAUCCGUUCCAUGUCUACAGAUUUCAAAGUCAAUAAUGUGAAAGGUGCACCUCUAGUACGACCUGGAACGCUGUAUGGCAAUCACUUAACACAAGAUGCAACACUGUCUCCUCGAUUUCCUUCACGACGACCGUUGUUGUCAGGUGCACAAGCUGCACCAAGAAUUGAAGCUACAGCUCCUACUCCACCUCCACCACCGCCACCGCCACCUCCAUUCUAUGCUUCUUCAAGUUCAUCUACGAAGCAACUAUCACCUCCACCUCCACCACCGCCCCCUCCAUUCUAUGCAUCUUCAAGUUCAGCUACGAAGCACCUAUCACCACCUCCACCUCCACCUCCACCACCUCCUCCUCUGGCUUCAGUAGGCUUGUCAAACAUACCUCCCCCUCCCCCUCCACCUCCACCUAUGUCUUUUGGAGCACAAUCACAGAACUUUGCACCUGCCCCUUCCCCUCCUACUCCGCCCGCCCGUGGAAACAUUCCACCACCACCUCCACCUCCUCCAGUUCAAUCAUUCAUAACACGUUCAGGUGCUCCUCCUCCUCCUCCUCCACCUCCACCACCAAUGGCACGCUCUACUGCUCCUCCUCCACCGCCACCUCCCCCACUUCCAGUGACACGUUCUGGUGCUCCACCUCCACCACCACCGCCUCCUCCUAGGGCACUUUCUACUGCUCCUCCACCUCCUCCUCCGCCACCACCACCAAUGACCCGUUCAGGAGCACCACCUCCCCCGCCCCCUCCUCCUGGUGCACGUCCUGGACCUCCACCUCCACCACCCCCUCCAGGUGCACGUCCUGGCCCUCCACCUCCCCCACCCCCUCCAGGUGGCCGUCCAAGUGCUCCACCUCCCCCACCUCCUCCAGGCCGACCAGGAGCUCCACCUCCCCCACCUCCUCCGGGCCGACCAGGAGCCCCACCUCCCCCGCCUCCGCCAGGCCGACCAGGAGCUCCACCUCCCCCGCCUCCACCUGGAGGUGGCGGGAGAGCACCUCCGCCACCACCUGCACCUGGGGGAAGGCUUGGUGGCCCUCCUCCACCUCCUCCUCCAGGUGGCCGUGCACCACCUCCUCCUAGAGCACCAGGUGCGCCACCACCACCAGGAGGCAAUCCUAGUAGUUUAUUAUCGAACUCCUUGGGUAGAGGGCGCGGCGGGGCUGUACGCACUCCAGCAUCAGGUUUUGGGGCUGCAGCUGCACGCAAAUCAACAUUAAAGCCACUGCAUUGGGUGAAAGUGACAAGGGCUGUGCAAGGUAGUCUCUGGGAGGAAUUGCAGAGAUAUGAUGACCCACAGAGUGUAUCGGAUUUCGAUUUAUCAGAACUGGAGAGCCUUUUUCCAGCAGUCGUACCAAAGUCCGAUAACACCUCCAAAAAUGACCGGAGAAAAUCUCUUGGAUCAAAGCCAGAGAAAGUUCACCUGAUUGAGCUGAGGAGGGCAAACAACACAGAGAUCAUGCUGACCAAAGUGAAAAUGCCGCUGCCAGAUUUGGUGAAUGCGGCCCUGGCACUGGAUCAAUCUACCUUGGAUGUUGAUCAAGUGGAGAAUCUCAUAAAGUUCUGUCCAACAAAAGAGGAAAUGGAACUUCUUAAGAACUAUACUGGAGACAAGGAGCUUCUGGGAAAAUGUGAACUGUUCUUCCUCGAAUUGAUGAAAGUCCCACGAAUGGAGUCAAAACUGCGAGUGUUUUCCUUCAAGAUCCAGUUUGGUUCACAAGUUGCAGAUCUUGGGAAAAGUUUGAAAACAAUAGAUUCUUCAUGUAAUGAGAUCCGAAGUUCUCUCAAGUUGAAGGAAAUAAUGAAGAGAAUACUCCUCCUUGGAAAUACAUUGAACAUGGGAACUGCUAGAGGUGCUGCAGUUGGCUUCCGGUUGGAUAGUCUGCUAAAACUUACAGAUACCCGGGCAACAAAUAAUAAGAUGACAUUAAUGCACUACCUCUGCAAGGUGCUUGCUGCAAAAUCACCACAUCUUUUGAACUUCUAUGUGGAUCUUGUUAGUUUAGAAGCUACAUCAAAGAUACAACUGAAAAUGUUAGCAGAAGAAAUGCAAGCAGUCAGUAAAGGGCUGGAAAAAGUUGAGCACGAAUUUAAAGCUUCAGAAAGUGAUGGUCCAGUGUCAGAAAUUUUCCAUGAGAAACUGAAAGAGUUCACUGACAAUGCUGGAGCAGAUGUGCAGUCAUUGUCUUCAUUGUUCUCUGAAGUGGGAAAAAAGGCUGAUCAGCUGAUCAAAUAUUUCGGCGAGGACCCUGUGCGUUGCCCAUUUGAACAAGUUAUGUCUACCCUGUUGACAUUUGUAACAAUGUUUCGAAAAGCACACGAGGAGAAUGUCAAGCAAGCUGAUCUUGAGAAGAAAAAAGCUCAAAAAGAGGCAGCAGAAGCAGAAAAGUCUAAAAGUGCACAGUUGGCCAGUAAAAAUGACUCAAAAGCUUCAAAUCCAAGCCGGCAAGCAAAACAAACGUUAGAGAAAACAAGAUCUAUAAGUAGACGAGGAAAAGAUACUGGGUGAUCUGAGAUGACCAACUCCAGUUGUUGUGUUGAUCUGCCCAUGGGGCAAAUGCAUGCCUGCUCGAUGGAUGGGGAAGGACCGAGGAUUCACACUGCGUCUUUGAGGGGCAAGAGAAGUUGUGGGAAAGGAUGCAGUCAUCAGCGGAAGUAGCACGCGUCGAAGCAACUGCACAAUACUCCCUCUACGGUCUCACUGGCAAUGGUCGACUAUUUUUUCCCUACGGCCAGCAGGGGUUCAGUACCAACAUCUGACUGCUGUAAAGAACUAACUGUGAAGCUAACUUCAUUCUUUUUUUCUUACCUGUGCUACGUUACUUGUUCUUUCUAACACCGGUGGCCAAGUACAGGCGUAGCCUUAGGAAGGUACAACCAGGCAGAAAGUACAGGGCACAAAGGUGCGAAUUGUACAAAUAGGAGUAGGGAAAGGGUAGAGAAACAAUGGGAGCAAAGAUAUGUGCUUGGUGGAGUAAAUAUGAGAUGUAAAUACAUCUGUAGCAUGGCCAAUCAUAUUUUUUU